AUGAGCCAAGAUGACACUGAAAGCUCCCAGGAGCCAAGACCGCAGUACGCUGGUGCUAGAGCCGUUGUACAUACAGACGGCACUGUCAACUAUGUUGAUGAGCAUGCUAUUGGGGGCGACGUGCAAGAUAUGCCCAAGGGCUACUUCAGAAGCCUGCCCUUCCUCGGCACCGUCCUGGCACAAUGCUUAGGAUCUAUAGUGGCCUACCUUGGCUGGGUUCUACCGUCCAACACCUUGACCUUAAUCAACGCCGAACUGGGCAAUUCCCCAAAUAUCAACUGGGUUGCCACCGUCUGGACCCUGUCGAGCUGCGUCGGGUUUCUCCUCAUCGGCCGACUGUCUGAUAUAUUUGGUCGAAAGUGGAUUGUGCAAGCGUCCAUGAUACUCUCUAUUAUUGGAUGCGUUGUAGGGGCACGAGCUACGUAUGUUGAGAUGCUGAUUGUUGCCAAUAUCUUCAAUGGCCUCUCAGCCGCUGGCCAGCUGUCCUUUGGUAUCAUCCUGGGUGAGCUCGUUCCCAACAAAUACCGCGGUGUGAUAGUUACGAUCGUCUUCAUGUCCUCGCUUCCCUUCGCCGUCUUUGGUCCCGUCAUUGCCCGGCUGCUGAUCCAGAACACCGGUGAAGGCUGGCGGUGGAGCUACUAUAUCGGACUGAUCCUGGCGGUCAUUGCGACUGCACUCUAUCAUUUCCUCUACCACCCGCCGAGAUACGCCCAGCUGCAUGUGGAAGGCAAGACAAAGUGGGAGAUGUUCAAAGAGCUGGACUUUAUUGGUAUCUUUCUCUUCAUUGCUGGAAGUGUUCUCUUCCUUAUUGGCCUCUCCUGGGGAGGAACCGCGUACCCCUGGCAGAGUGCCCCGACUCUCUGCACUCUACUUAUCGGGAUAGCAUGCCUGGCUGUAUUUGUGCUUUACGAGGCUUUCGUGUGCAAGACACGACCAUUCAUGCCUCCAAGGCUAUUUAAGAACCUUGGAUUCAGCGCCAUUGUGACCGAUGCAGCCGUCGGUGCCAUGGUAUAUUACUCAUUUACUGUCCUUUGGCCAACUCUCAUUGAGGGGAUAUAUACCACGGAUUCUAUUAAGAUAGGUCUGCAGAGCUCGGUCGUCGGUGGCGGCGUCCUUAUGGGCCAGCUACUGGGAGGUCUGGCCCUUGGAUUUGUCCCCCGAGUUAAGUAUCAAUGCGUGAUUGCGUCUCUGUUGGCAUUCGCAUUUAUCACUCCGCUCAGUGCCUUGGGUCCAGACACCUGGUCCAUGACCAUCGCUCUAGGCACGCUUGGUUGCAUUUCUGUCGGAUAUGUCGACAACAUCACAUUCCCAGCUGUGACGCUCGUGAUCGAGCCUCAGGAUAUCGGCCUUGCCACUGGGGUUCUGGGCUCUCUCCGCGCCCUUGGAGGAGCUGUCGCGCAAGCUGUAUAUGUGUCCGUCUUGAACAAUGAGCAGGCCAAGAACAUGCCCAAGUAUGUCGGUCCAGCAGCCACUGCAGCCGGUUUACCGGAGUCGUCACUGCCUGCGCUCCUGGCGGCCUUGACCGCAGGAACAGGCGUGGAGAGCGUCCCUGGUGCGACGGAUAGUGUACUUGCGGCUGCCACUGCAGCGCUAAAGAUCGCGUACUCGGAGAGCUUUCGAAUUGUCUUUUACUGCACAAUUCCAUUCAGUGUUCUGCUUAUUAUAUCCAGCUGCUUUAUUCCGGAUAUGAAGAACUUCCUCCACUACGAUGUCGCCAAGCGCCUCCAGGACAACACAAAGGACAACACAAAGGGUGAAUCCGACAGCAAGCCCGAGGUUGAGAUGGUCGAGAAUGUGGAGAGACGAGCUUGA